CAGCUUGCUUCGCCUCACAUGCUUUUGGGCACCUGCUUGAUCUGCCCAACUCCCGUGCUCCUCCUUGCAUCAUCAUGAAAAAAAUUAGGCAGAUGAGCUUUUGAUUCUCGUUUUAGCGACAGUGACUUGUUUUGAAGUCGAACCAAACGCCGAUCUAGACACCCAAAACCACCUGAACACGAACCAAGCCUCUCAGCGCUCUGGCAGCAGCUUUACUGGGUUUACGUCCUCACGCCAUGUCUCGAUUCUCUCGCUACGACACCGACGAAGAACGCCUUCCCGAGGGCAUGACCCGCGUCGGAUACGAUGCCGACACGCAGGUCUACACUUUUCGGGACUCCGACGGCAGUUACUGGGAGUCGGCGCCGGGUUCUCAAUAUGGACGCCUGACGAGAGUCGGAUCCGGCCCAGCCGACGAUGGUGACGACGACGACGACGACUCGGAUCCGUUCCUUGCGGGCCAGGCCUCGGCGCAGAAGGUUUCGUGGCGGCACGACAUGAUGCCUUUGUUGAACUUUGGCGUUUUGGUCGGGCUGUCGCUGCUUGCUCUCUUUUGGUUUAUUGGACGCAAACCGCCGGGGGAGAAGCUGGAGAUUGUUACCUGUGAGAAGAGCGUGAUAAUAAAGGAAAAUGACAAUUGCUGGGAUAUCGGCCAGGCUAAUAAUAUCUCGGUUGAUGAGAUAUUGGCUAUGAAUGAAGGUUUGGAUUGCGCCAAGCUUACAGUUGGGCAUACUAUUUGUCUUGAGAGGGAAAUGGAUGACAGCUUGAAGGAGACGGUAUCGUGAUGUCGUUGUGGGUUUUGGAUAAUUUGUUGACUUGACAUACACGUCCAGACACAGCCUUUGCAUCGUUUUCUUCGCUCUUCGUCUCUGCCAUGAUCCUUAUAUGAAGCGAAAUGGUAGCACAACUUUUAUUGGCAAGCGAGGAGACAAGGCUGCAUGCAUGCAAGACUCUCGGUCAGAUUAGAUGUGAAAGCUGCUGCUAAAAGGUGAUUGAUGUUACAUGCUGAAACUAGGAUAAUUUGCUUUGUUGUGGCUCUGCGUCGUAUUUGGGCUUGGACUUUAGUUGUUCUUAUCACUUUGUGCAAUGCUAUGGGCGAUACAGGUUGGUUAUAUAUCAACGCAGAUCGCCAAGCAAUCACAUACCAAUGAGUAGAUAGUAUCUAUGCUGCUGCUAACAGCCCAAUCAUUUUUCGUUGAUACUUCAAUUGCUGGCUCCUGCAUAUGAAUGAGAAAACUUGGC